CCAAGGAAGAAUAACUCGAAGCGGAAGGACCCAGGCAAAGAGGCAACCACCACUUCUGCAGCAACCCUUCCCGAUUGUUGGAGAGCACGCCGAGAUCUGCUCCGAGAGCUCAGCCAUGGCUUCCGCGCCGACACCGCCGCCCCUCCUCCCGGUCACCAACCCCACGGCCGCGGGCUCGGCAGCCGCCGCCGGCUCCGACGCGCCGAUCGCCACGCCGGCGUUCCGCCUCUUCCUGAGCCGGAUCUCCGACUCGGCGCGGCGCUCGCUCUCCGACCGGCGCCCGUGGGCCGAGAUGGUCGACCGCUCGGCCUUCUCGCGGCCGGACUCCCUCUCCGACGCCACCUCCCGCCUGCGCCGCAACCUCACCUACUUCCGCGUCAACUACACCGCCGUCGUGGCCUUCGCGCUCGGGGCCUCGCUCCUCGCGCACCCCUUCUCGCUCCUCAUCCUCCUCGGGGUCCUCGCCGCCUGGUGCUUCCUCUACAUCUUCCGCGCCUCCGACCAGCCCGUGGCGCUCUUCGGCCGCACCUUCUCCGACCGCGAGACGCUGCUGGGGCUCGUCGGCGCCUCCAUCGUCGCCUUCUUCUUCACCCCCGUCGCCUCCCUCAUCAUCUCCGGGAUGCUCGUCGGCGCCGCCAUCGUCGCCGCCCACGGCGCCUUCCGCAUGCCGGAGGACCUGUUCCUGGACGACGCCGACGCGGCCAACCCCAACAGCGCGGCCCAGGGUCUGCUAUCCUUCCUCGGGGCACCCGGAUCUAGGGUUUGAGACGGCUGGCGACAAGAUCUGGUAGGCUUUUUGGGCUCGAGAAGUUCGUCUUGCACUGGAGUUACUCUAGAUCUGAUACUGCUGUUGCUGUGCCCUAUUUCCUCUCCGGUUCAUCGCUCUGUAGUUACAGAUCUAUUGAUCCAUUGUUGAACUUGAUUGAUUGCGCCGACUGUUACCAAUAUAUGCACACCUAUCCCUUGUAAGUUUCACGUUGUGAUGAAGUUUAGCGUUCAAGACAUGAAAUGUAUGAUGGUUAACUAUAUCAAUUAUGUAGAUGGUAUGUUCUUUGGAGUAAUGAAACAAAUGUAGUACUGCAA